AUGUCCACAUUGUUGAAAUCUGCAAAAUCAAUUGUACCUUUAAUGGACCGUGUCUUAGUUCAAAGAAUUAAAGCCGAAGCAAAAACUGCAUCUGGUUUAUUCUUACCUGAAAAGAACGUUUCAAAGUUAAAUCAAGCCACUGUCUUAGCUGUCGGUCCAGGUUUCACUGAUGCUAACGGCACAAAGGUUGUCCCACAAGUUAAAGCUGGUGAUCAGGUUUUAAUCCCACAAUUUGGUGGCUCCACUGUCAAAUUGAACAACGAUGAUGAGGUUAUUUUAUUCAGAGAUUCUGAAAUUUUGGCCAAAAUAAAUGAAUCCUGA